AGAUGGUCCAGGGCACCACCGCCCACGAGUGAGUCUUCUUCUAUAAAUUCGACCCUUGAGACCCUGACUGCUUCACACCCGACGCCCACCAAAUCUUCUCAUUCAUCUACCUCUGCUUUAAUUCCCAAACGCUAAAGCCAUGUCUCAGACUGUUGUUCUCAAGGUUGGUAUGUCAUGCGAGGGCUGCGUUGGAGCCGUGAAGAGAGUCCUGGGAAAAAUGGAAGGUGUGGAAUCAUAUGAAGUAGAUUUGAAGGAGCAGAAAGUGACUGUGAAGGGCAAUGUCCAGCCCGAUGCAGUUCUGCAGAAUGUUUCAAAGACUGGAAAGAAGACUACCUUCUGGGAAACAGAAGCUCCAGCAGAACCCGAGGCAAAGCCUGCGGCAGCUGUUGCCACAGCUUAAUUUCUCCCAGUUUGCUUAAUCUAUUCAUGUGCUAUAGCUUGUUAAACUCACUACAAUACCAUAUGGAUUGUAGGAUAUAUACUUCCCUGCAAUAAGCUCUUGGUUGCUUGUCAUUGAACUUUCUGUGCUAGUACUGUAAUGGAAGAUGAUUUUCUUGUGACA